AUGAAGCUCUACCACCACGUUGAAAAGCAUGAGGAUUUCUUCCUCCCCUACCAAGAUGGCCUCACCCUCAAGCCUGUCGAAGCUCUCGUGAAACACGAGAAAGACAUGGGCUUUUCUGAUGUCGAGACUGUCCUUCCUGCGACUGAAGUCCAGAAGGAUAUUCUCAAGGAGGAUGUUCAAUGGGCUGAAGCGGUGCUCUUCUCUGGAAAGACAUCUGCUUUGAGCUCUGAGAAGAUCUUUGAUGCAUGGAGAUCUUUGGCAUAUCACCAUAUUUGCCUUCGAUCUUGCAUUACUGAUGGACCAACGCCUAAAGUCGUGGUCCAGCGAUGUAUUGAGCCCGUUCAGUGGCGCCGUCCUGAAAAAGGCUUUGAAAAGCAUCACCGAGGCUCAGCAUUCCUGACUGUCGAGGCCAACAACCGUUCUAACGAGAUUAAUCUUGUUCUUCACUUUCAUCGAGCUCUGAUCGAUACAACCUCACUACAUACCCUCAGACUCGACUGCCUCCUUCAAAUUCACGGCAUUCCGGGUAUUGAAAGUACUGGAUUUACCGCAUACACACGAUACCUCGCGCAGCAGCGCAAGGACACCGACUCGUCCAAAACCUUCUGGUCCAAGACUUUCUCAGACAUUGCUCCCCAGUCUAUCUUUGGUCUUGAACCUGACGCUCUGGAUGGUUUUAAUCAGGAUAGACAUGGUGUUAGUGCUGUUAUUCAGGGCGCGGAGCUAGCAGCGCUGAAUAGCCUUGAGAAAUCUCAUGAGGACUCGAAGGCAUGGCGCCAGACGUUCCUUGAAGCAAUCUGGGCCCAUGUCCUGAGCGCUCACUCUGACUCUGAAGAGGUUCUUUUCGGAACUGUUCGUCGAGAUGCAAACUUUGUGGGAUCGGACACUUGCGUCGGAUGCCUCGAUCAAACAUAUCCCAUCCGACUGCGCGUUCCUACCGGCGAAGAUGCAGCCUUCUCUGACCUUUCAGACUCCCUGGACAAGUAUCACACGGACGCCGGUCGUCACGCAUUCAUCGGCUACACUGGGAUCGAAGAGCAGGCCCCAGAUGGCAUGCUCAUCGAAACAGCCGUCAGUUACAGCCAAACCACCAACACACCUUGCAUCGCGCCAAGUUUGCGAAAGUUCCCCGUCGUGUUGUGCAUCAACGACGCCAGCGUGCUGCAACUCGCUGUCAAAUGCACAACCAAGAUCCCACUGGAGAAGGUUGAGCUGGUCUUCAGGCACUUCGUCUCAGCAAUCUUCAGUGCUGCCCAGGGCUUGAGCGCAGUGGACAAGUACCCACUAUCUGACAUCCAGCUCGUUUCGGAAGCUGAAAAGCGUCUCAUACUAUCUCGUUCAGUGAGUACCCGCAGUGUUCAGCCUACGACUAUUCCUGCUUUGUUUGAGAAGAUUGCGGCUCGAUACCCUCAACGAGUCGCAGUUGACUUCCAAGGCGACGCUACCCUUACCUUCGCCCAGCUCAAUGGCCUUUCCAACCAACUCGCGAGGAGACUGAAGCUUCAGAAAGGUGCUAUCUAUCCUAUCUUGGCUGACAGAUCUCUGGAUCUGGUCGUGGCUAUCCUGGCGGUCCUCAAGGCUGGGUCAGCGUAUACUGUUCUUGACCCAGAGUUCUCGGUCAAUCGCCUCGAGCAAGUCGUCAGCGAUUGCAAUGCAGCAGCGGUCCUGUCUACUCGCAGAUACAUGAACAUGCUUCCCAACACUGUCGAAAUCGGGCAAGAUUACACGCGACUAAUCAUUGAUGCCGCAGAAUCACUUCGCAACGCUGACGGCAUCGGCGUAGACGUAAAGCCUCAGGACCGCUGCUACAUCAUCUACACAUCCGGUAGCACGGGGAAGCCCAAGGGUGCAGUACUCACCCAUGAGGCAGCCACUAGCGGUAUGCAGCAUCAUUCCCUGAACGGCCUGAAUCGAUGGCUUCUCUUCUACAACCCCAGUUUCAGCGCUGCUCAACGCACUAUCCUCAGCACUCUUGUGAACGGUGGAACUCUGGUACUGGCACCAAAGGAGGCACUCACUCGAGAUCUAGCGGGAGUCAUUAAUCGGCUUUCGGUCGAUGCCCUCGGAAUUACUCCUUCUGCCCUCUCUCUGUUGUCGCCUAAGGAUGUCCCAAAUCUCAGGAGUAUCACGCUUGUGGGUGAGCAGACUCCUCAAGAGCUCGUGAACACUUGGUCUUCCGUCAGGGGCCUUACUCUGAGGAACACAUAUGGCCUGAGCGAGUGCACACAGCUCAACUUCGGAAGACCGUUAACUACAGUUGAUGGGCACGCUCCAGACCCUCGCAUCCUAGACCCACCAAUCGACACGACGAGCGUCUUCGUUCUUCGUCAUGGUAGCACCGAGCUCUCACCACUGCUCGUGUUCGGUGAACUAUGUCUGGCCGGUCCACAGCUCGCACAAGGCUACAUCAACGAGCCAGGCUUGACCGAGAAAGCAUUCAGCGCCAACCCGUUCGGUCCUGGAAAGCUUUAUAGAACCGGUGAUAAAGCUCGGUGGCUUCCUAAUGGGCAGAUCGAGAUUGAAGGACGUAUCGAUAUGCAAGUCAAGAUCAAUGGGCAAAAGGUCGAGCCUGCUGAAGUUGAUCGUCUUUUGGCCUCGCUUGAAGCGAUCAAGGGAGCUGUGACAUUUUCUGUCAAGAUGGAAGAUCGCGCAGUUCUGGCCACUGGCGUUGUUCUUGAUGAUGGCUAUUCUUUCAGAGAUGCCGUCAACGUAGCGAGGAACCAUCUUCGCGCCAAUCUGCCAGUUUUCAUGACGCCCACUCUUUGGAUCCCUAUUGAGUCGGUACCUAGGAAUGGGAAUGGGAAGCUCAACUAUCACUUGCUGCGGAGUAAGGCAAAGGAGCUCGGUUUCGCUGGCUUUGCCAAGCUCAUGAAGUUAGGCAACGAAGAGGAAACGGAGGAAGUUCUCACUGAUGUUGAAGAAAAGAUUGCAUCAGUCUGGGCAGACUCUCUCAAGAUUGACGGCUCUGUCAUUCGUCGAUCUCAUUCUUUUACCGACCUCGGCGGGACUUCCAUUGAGGCUAUCCGUGUUGUGUCAGAGCUACGCGAACACGGUCUGACAACUGAACUCGGUGACCUACUGACCUACAUCCCUCUCAAGGAGGUUGCUUCUCGAGCUCAGACUCUUGCAGUGGAGGACCAGCAAGACCCGACGCCCUUCUCACUCCUUCAGGACGAGAAGCUGCUUUCAGAGUUACAGGCGAAUGGUGAUAUCAGCGACGCUUAUCCUGUGACACCCUUCCAAGAGUCCAUGCUGGUGUCGGUCAACUCGCCCUCAGAUCCAUACACCUAUUCCAGGACUUGGGAUGUAAGUCAACUGGAUCUCGUACGCCUGAGAGAUAGUUUCGAGCAGGUGUUCAAGUCCCGCGACAUCCUGAGGACCGUGUUUGUUCCAUACAAACAGUCUUUUGUGCAGACCGUCAGGUCCAACGUAGAACUUCCAUGGCUGGAGUCCCAGCAAACACUAGAGGCUUUCCAGCACAGUGGAAGCGUUCAUCACUGGGAUACGGAGAAACCUCUCUGGAAAGCGACUCUUACGUCAGAUCAAGCACUAGUCGUGACCAUGCACCAUUCACUAUUUGACUUCUGGUCUCACGGCUUUCUGUAUGAUGAUGUCGCCGCAGUCUACACCGGCAAUCCGGUUCCUCAUCGCCCAAAUAUGAACCGGUUCAUUCGAUACUUGCAACAAGAGCCUUCUGCGAGUGGCACCUUGUUCUGGUCCGAGUACCUCCAAGGUGCUGAAGUGCUCAAGCUGAACAGUAACCAGCUCUACAAGACCAGUAAACUCGAGUUUGAUCUCGGAUAUAGCCUUACUUCUCGCGCCCGAAGUGUUGGAUUGACUCUCGGGGCAGUUGUAUACAGCGCAUGGGCCGUGGUUCUGUCUCGCCAGAUCGGAACCAACGACAUCACAUUCGCGACCACUGUUUCAGGCAGAGAAGCUCCUGUUGUUGGUAUCAAUGAUCUCGAUGGACCUACCAUGAGCACCGUUCCACAAAGAAUCAAGCUCGGUACUGACUCUACCCUCCGAGACGUCGCUCAGAAGACAGUCGUGUCGUUUUCUCAGCUCCUCAAGUACUCUCAGGUCGGUAUCGCUGCAGCCCUCAAAGCAGGUGGUAUUGGUGCACAAGAUAUCGACACUCUUGUCAACAUCUUGAUCGAUGCGAACAAGACCGAGAGAUCGAGAAAGUCUCAUGAUGUCUUCAAGAUGCGUGGCCCGCGGCCUCAAUGGGAGUCUGGACAUGGCAUGACUAUUCUGGAGGUCCAAGAGUCACAAGGACAGAGCGAGUCUACCAUUCUCCGACUUUCAAGCAACGUAGAUCCUCGACGCUUGGGAUUCAUCAAGGACUCACUAGUUGAGGUGCUACAUCUUUUCUGCGUGAAGCCUGAUUCUAUCCUUUCGUCUACCAACAUCAUGGGUGCUGCUGAACAUGAUCUUGUCUUCAACCAACUUUCCAAUCGGGCGACACUUCGUGUUCCAGAGCCAGAGCUUCUGUACAGCGCAUUUAAGAGAAUUGCACAAGAGGCUCCAGAUGCUAUUGCAAUUAACUUUAACAAUGAGGAAAGCAUCUCUUACGGAGUCCUCGAUAAACUUGCGAACCGCUUUGCUCACACACUUAUCGACGCUGGCGUACAAACGGGUGAUCUUGUGCCCAUCAUGCUUGACAAGUCAGUCGACAUGAUGGUCGUGAUUCUCGGCACAAUGAUUGCUGGAGCAGCGUACGUUCCUUUGAGUCCCGACAAUCCCACUGACAGAAACUCCUACAUCGUGUCUGACACUUCCGCAAAACUCAUUGUUGUUCAUCCAUCGUACGUGGAGUUUGGCGAUCAUGUCAACAAGUCUCUUGGAGUUGAGACACUGGUGAUGAAGGGCUACCGGGACUUAAGCCCGACAAAGUCGCGUAGUGAGGAUGCAGACUCAUGCCCUAUUGUCAAUCACUCCCCAGACAACCUUGCCUAUCUGAUCUACACUUCUGGUAGCACAGGUCUACCCAAGGGUGUCAAGGUUCUGCACAGAACCGCUGCUGCUGCCGUCACGAGCAUGAUUCAAGUCGAAGGCCGCAAUCAAGGUGUGUGGAGGACUUUGCAGUUCGCCAACUACGUGUUCGACGCAUCAGUUCAGGAUUUCUUCAACACGCUCAGUAGUGGCGGCACGUUAUGCAUGGCCCCGACAGACGCCUUGCUUUCAGAUAUUGCAGGCUGUAUCAACCGAAUGGAUGUCCGCCAGGCUAUCAUCACACCAACUGUUGCCAAGUUGCUCAAUCCAGCGGAUGUCCCACGAUUUGAGACGCUCAUCGUUGGAGGUGAGCCUCUGACCUCCGACGUCAUCAAGACUUGGGUACCACACUGCAAGAUCUUGAACGUCUACGGACCAACUGAGACGUCCAUGGUGGUAACCACUAAACGAACUGAGUCUUUCUCCGAAAAUCAUGUCGUUGGUAACAUUGGCGCUCCGUUCGAUACCGUCAUGGCUUUCAUCCUCGAUCCAAACGGCGAGACACUGCAGCCCUACGGUGCAGUUGGAGAAUUGUGCAUAGCUGGACCUCAGGUGACAGAUGGUUACAUCAAUCGACCCGACUUGACGACCGCUGCAUACGUCGACUGCCCUCAGCUUGGAGUUCGGAUCUACAGAACUGGUGAUUUGGCACGGUGGCUACCUGAUGGCGAGAUCGAGUGUCUUGGCCGUAAAGACAACCAGGUCAAGAUUCACGGUCAUCGUAUUGAACUUGGAGAGGUUGAGAAUGCCAUUCGGAACUCGGGUCUCGUGAAGGACACGAUUGCUGUGGCUGCCAAGGUCCAUGAUAAGAUCCAUCUGGUUGCUUUCUGUACCUUCGAUGAUCGUGCCACUGGAGCAGACGGCACUGAUAUUCUCGACCCUUCCGCCAUGAGAGAUACCUUUACGAGCCUGCACGAAAAGCUCGGAUCCUUGGCGACUUAUAUGAUCCCCAAGUUCGUCAUCCCUAUGGCCGAUUUCCCGAAGCUGCCUUCACGAAAGAUUGAUCGCAAGGCAUUGAAGAAGAUGCUAGACGAUCUCGAUCGAGAUUUCUUGGCGCAAUGCGUUCUUGAGUCUCCCAGCCAGGGCCACGCAAUUGUUCCUGUAGAGACUCCAUCCGAGGUCACCUUAGAGUCUGUCUGGGCGGAUAUCUUUGGCCUAUCAACUGAUCAGAUCGGACGCGAGGCAAACUUCUUAGCCUUGGGCGGUGAUUCAAUCUCGGCAAUCAGUCUCACCGGCCAUCUCUGCAAACUGGGCUAUCACCUCACAGUGCUUGAUAUCCUCCGGUCCCCUAAGCUCAAGGACAUGGCUUCUGCCAUGCGCAAGCUGGAAACUGAAACGGAAGGCAAGAAGAGAGUCUUCAACGUUCCCGAAAACGUCAAGGAGGCCGUUGAAAACUCUGGGCUUACAUGGGAUGAUGACGUUGAGUAUGCAUACCCUUGUCCACCCGGACAGGAAGAGUUCUUGAAGCAAGGUGCUAGAGACUCUCAGAUGUGGGUGCUUCAGACCGUGCGACGCAUGACGGGUGUCAUCGACCCUGAUGCCUGGAUCAAAACCACCACGCAACUCACUAAAGCCAACGACAUCCUACGCACAACUUGGCUAGAGGCAUCUCCCGGGAACUGGGUAGGAGUUGUCCUUCGCGAUGCACAGCUCAACAUAACAACUGUCGCCCUGGACUCGGAUGAGGAGAUGUCCGAAUUUCUGGAGGACUUCUGGCGAACGCGUUUUGAGUUCGGUCGUCCCUUUAUCAAAUACGCCAUCAUCACUCAUGGAGACUCAUCCUGGGACUUAGUCAUCAAGAUGGACCACGCCGUAUACGACGGAACCCUUCUGCGCGUCUUUGAUCAGCACUUCGAGAACAUUCUACAAGGCAAGUCUUUGCCUCCGCGGGUUGAGUUCCGUGAUUUUGCCCAACAUGUGUUUGAGCAAGAUAGAUCCAAGGCGCUCGAAUACUGGAAGGACAGAUUCACGCAUGCUGGCCAAUCAUCCCUGGUUCUGAAGGGUCAAGAUCUCAGUGGGGUUAGUGAACCUCGAGUCACCGCUAGUUUCAAGAUGAAGAUGGACACACGCGGCAUUGAUCAAGUGGCGAGGAACUAUGGUGUCACUCCGAGCAUCAUCUUCCAGGCUGCCUUCACGCUUUGGUUGGCUAGGGCGACACAGAGUGAUCAUGUUCGCUAUGAUUAUCUCCUCAGUGGACGAAACGUGGCACUUCCUGAUCCUCAAUCCAUCAACGGAACACUAGCCAACUUCUUGCCGAUCUGGACGAGUACGAGCUCCACUGAGAAGGUCUCAGAUCUUCUCACGAGGUUACAAGAUGACUUUUGGGCUGUCACGGAGAAUGGCUUAGUCGGACUGGACGAUAUCUACCAGACCCUGGAUAUUUCUCGCACGGCUCAUGGGAACAAGGUCUUGUUUCUGUCGCAGCCGUUCGAUCCUGUUCCCUUGGAUGAUGCAACGACCCGCAAUCGAUGGCUUGUCAUGGCCAAGUCAAAGGUGCGGAUGUAUCAGCCUUAUGCGCUUGUAGUAGAGGUGUCGAAGUCCUUUGGUGAUAGUUCAAUAUUGAAGGUCAUGUAUGAUGAGAAGGUGUUUGAUCAUGGGAUGGCCGAAGCUUCUGGUUCUGAGAUCACUGGGUUAGUAUUGGCUAUGAUGAAGGAUCAAAAGAAGAUUAUGACUGUUGAGGAAGUUUAG